CAUGGGGCAGGCAUUCAGAUGGUUCUCAUAGGUUUGUAGCUAAAACAUAUCCCUGAGAAUCGUCAUUUGAUCUGUCAGGAGUCUUCUCAGCUCCUGCGUGGGGACAAACACCCUCCCCCCAGCAUUUUCCCGUCUUUUUAGGCCAGCUCCCCACUCACUGCAGUUCAAGGCUUGCAGCCCUAGCUCCAACUGGCUGGGGCUUGAGGGCUUGACUCCGAGUGAGAAGAGUGGCCUGAGCAUCAAUCACCUCAGUACCGUGAUAUUCCUGCUACAAAGCUUUAUUUUACGUAAUAUGUGGCUGCUUCUCCGUGCCCCAGACGGGGUUUUAGGUCCUUCUCUAAGGCGAGCUGCCCUUGGGCGCGCCUGGGACUGCACCUGGGGCACGUGGGCGCCGUUGUGCAGCCGGCACCUCCGGGCCAACCCCGCGGCUUGGAGAAGGGGCUUUGCAGCCGCCGCCGCUGUUUGUCCCCGCGCGGCCCCCGUCCACUGCCCUGCGGUUGCUCUGCGGGCUGAAAAGUUUCUCCCGGUGCAGAAUUCCGGGCUCAGCGACAGCCUGCGCCGAGUGUGCGCACCUGUCGGAGACCCGCCAGUCCGCCGGCCGCGGCAGGGCCACUACUUCUCAGCACAUCCGGCCUUCUGGCUCAUCUCCUCCCUGCAUCUCACUACGCCCCUCCCCACUCCAGGGUAAAUUCCAAUAAUGCUGCUCUGUUCCAGAUGGAGUUCGUGUUGACUGAGCUCUCAUGUGUGAAUAUGUGUCUAGUGCAUCCUUAACCUAAGGACUUCACCAGUUCGAAAUUACAGUUUUCACCAUCAACUACCUUAUCCUUUUUGGUCUGGUUUUCUUCCUCAAACAGUGGAAACAUUUUUAAAGUUGCUUUUGUUGCAGAGUUAAACAAAUGGCUGAUAGUGGCUUAGAUAAAAAAUCCACAAAAUGCCCCGACUGUUCAUCUGCUUCUCAGAAAGAUGUACUUUGUGUAUGUUCCAGCAAAACAAGAGUUCCUCCAGUUUUGGUGGUGGAAAUGUCACAGACAUCAAGUAUUGGUAGUGCUGAAUCUUUAAUUUCACUGGAGAGAAAAAAAGAAAAAAAUAUCAACAGAGAUAUAACCUCUGGGAAAGAUUUGCCCUCAAGAACCUCAAAUGUAGAGAGAAAAGCAUCUCAGCAACAAUGGGGUCGGGGCAACUUUACAGAAGGAAAAGUUCCUCACAUAAGGAUUGAGAAUGGAGCUGCUAUUGAGGAAAUCUAUACCUUUGGAAGAAUAUUGGGAAAAGGGAGCUUUGGAAUGGUCAUUGAAGCGACAGACAAGGAAACAGAAACGAAGUGGGCAAUUAAAAAAGUGAACAAAGAAAAGGCUGGAAGCUCUGCUGUGAAGUUACUUGAACGAGAGGUGAACAUUCUGAAAAGUGUAAAACAUGAACACAUCAUACAUCUGGAACAAGUAUUUGAAACGCCAAAGAAAAUGUACCUUGUGAUGGAGCUUUGUGAGGAUGGAGAACUCAGAGAAAUUCUGGAUAGGAAAGGGCACUUCUCAGAGAAUGAGACAAGGUGGAUCAUUCAAAGUCUCGCAUCAGCUAUAGCAUAUCUUCACAAUAAUGAUAUUGUACAUAGAGAUCUGAAACUGGAAAAUAUAAUGGUUAAAAGCAGUCUUAUUGAUGAUAACAAUGAAAUAAACUUAAACAUAAAGGUGACUGAUUUUGGCUUAGCGGUGAAGAAGCAAAGUAGGAGUGAAGCCAUGCUGCAGGCCACAUGUGGGACUCCUAUCUAUAUGGCCCCUGAAGUUAUCAGUGCCCACGACUAUAGCCAGCAGUGUGACAUUUGGAGCAUAGGCGUCAUAAUGUACAUGUUAUUACGUGGAGAACCACCCUUUUUGGCAAGCUCAGAAGAGAAGCUUUUUGAGUUAAUAAGAAAAGGAGAACUACAUUUUGAAAAUCCAGUCUGGAAUUCCAUAAGUGACUGUGCUAAAAGUGUUUUGAAACAACUUAUGAAAGUAGAUCCUGCUCACAGAAUCACAGCUAAGGAACUACUAGAUAACCAGUGGUUAACAGGCAAUAAACUUUCUUCGGUGAGACCAACCAAUGUAUUAGAGAUGAUGAAGGAAUGGAAAAAUAACCCAGAAAGUGUUGAGGAAAACACAACAGAAGAGAAGAAUAAGCCGUCCACUGAAGAAAAGUUGAAAAGUUACCAACCCUGGGGAAAUGUGCGUGAUGCCAAUUACACUUCAGAUGAAGAGGAGGAAAAACAGUCUACUGCUUAUGAAAAGCAAUUUCCUGCAACCAGUAAGGACAACUUUGACAUGUGCAGUUCAAGUUUCACAUCUAGCAAACUCCUUCCAGCUGAAAUCAAGGGAGAAAUGGAGAAAACCCCUGUGACUCCAAGCCAAGGAACAGCAACCAAGUACCCUGCUAAAUCUGGGGCCCUGUCCAGAACCAAAAAGAAACUCUAAGGUUCCCUCCAGUGCUGGACAGUACAAAAACAAAGCUGCUCUUGUUAGCACUUUGAUGAGGGGGUAGGAGGGGAAGAGGACAGCCCUAUGCUGAGCUUGUAGCCUUUUAGCUCCACAGAGCCCCGCCAUGUGUUUGCACCAGCUUAAAAUUGAAGCUACUUAUCUCCAAAGCAGCAUAAGCUGCACGUGGCAUUAAAGGACAGCCACCAGUAGGCUUGGCAGUGGGCUGCAGUGGAAAUCAACUCAAGAUGUACACGAAGGUUUUUUAGGGGGGCAGAUACCUGCAAUUCAAGGCUGUGGGCACACUUGCUCAUUUUUAUUUCAAAUUCUUAUGUUUAGGCACAGCUAUUUAUAGGGGAAAACAAGAGGCCAAAUAUGGUAAUGGAGGUGCCAAAUAAUUAUGUGCACUUUGCACUAGAAGACUUUGUUAGAAAAUUACUAAUAAACUUGCCAUAGGUAUUACAGCAGAAGUGCUUCAGUCAUUCACAUGUGUUCGUGAGAUUUUAGGUUGCUAUAGAUUGUUUAAGACAGCUUAUUUUAAAUGUAGAAAAAUAGGAGAUUUUGUAACUGCUUGCCAUUAACUUGCUGCUAAAUUCCCAAUGUAUUGAUUAAAUCAAUAAAAAACAGAUGUUACUCAGCA